UACCUUAGUUUUUUUUAGUAUUCGGUGGGCGACAUUACACCAGUCCGGUAUACCAGUUGGGGGUGGUACAGGAUGAUUGGUACAACAAUAUUGGCCAUAAUCCUUAUGGGCCUUUUUGCCCAUUUCUAUAAAAAAGCAUAUAAGAGACAUGAAAAUUUUCCACCAGGUCCACCGAGUCUUCCAAUAUAUGGCGCAUACUGGUUGGUACUAUUAAAGGGGCUCAACAAUUUACCGACUGCAUUCAUCAAAUAUGCAAAAGAGUACCAAACGAAAGUGGUAGGGUUCUACCUGUCGAAUAUUCCCGCGGUGGUUGUUAACGACCCGGAACUCAUCAAAGAAGUUCUCCACCGGGAAGAGUUCGAUGGCCGCAUGGAUAUCAUCAUGGGUCGCUUGAGAUCUUACUGGAAAAAAUUAGGCAUAUUCUUCACGGACGGUUACUUCUGGCACGUGCAGCGUCGGUUCACACUGCGCUACAUGAGGGACUACGGGUUCGGAAAGCGCGAAGACACGCUCGAGUCGACAGUGGCACAUGAAAUUAAAGAAAUGAUCGACAUGUCAAUCAACGGACCUAAAUAUCCUGCCGAAAAGGAACUUGUGAAGGGCGACCUGAUCCAUCUGCCACAUUACUUCGCGGUGCCAUUCAUUAACGGAGUCAUUCACAUCGUGACUCGUACGACAGUCCCUAGGUCUGAGUACCACAAGUUAUGGGACGUGGCCCGGGGCGCCCUACUCUUCCAACGAAGCUCAAACGACCUGGGAGCUGCCCUUUCCCUUACGCCCUGCUUGAAGGACAUCAUGCCUAAAUACAGCGGCUACCAAGACUUGAGAGACGGCAACCAGGUCCUUCUGGAUUUCUUUACGAAACUAGUAAGGGAAGCGAUGGAUACAUUCAAUGAAGAUUACGACCGCCAUUUCCUCGAUAUGUAUAUCAGAAAAAUGAACGAAGAAAAGAAAUUAAACAAAACAACGUACUCCGAGGACCAGUUGGUAUUGCUGUGCACAGACUACAUGUUCCCCGCGGCAUCAGCCGUACAAGCGCUACUGACUAUGUUAGUGGAUCGUCUGCUGUUACAUCCAGAGGUGCAGGACAAGGUGCACGAGGAGAUCGACAGAGUUGUCGGCCGAGACCGCAUGCCUACACUCGACGAUCGCAAAAACAUGCCGUACACAGAGGCUUGCAUCAGAGAGGCACUACGCAUGGACACGAUAGUACCGCUCGGCGUCUCCCACCGGGCUACCUCCGACACCAAGCUAGGCGGAUACGAUAUACCACAAGACACGAUGGUGAAUCUCAACUUCGUGACGCUGCACAUGAGCAAGGAGAUCUGGGGCGACCCGGAGAACUUCAGACCUGAGCGGUUCAUUGAAAACGGACAGCUGCAGCUCAGCAAGGACAAGACGUUACCUUUCGGAGCAGGUCGUAGAAUCUGCGCGGGUGAGACGUUCGCUCGUCAGACCAUGUUCCAGGUGUUCUCGUGUUUCAUGCAGGCGUUCAGGGUGUCCACAGCUGACGGCAAACCUAAGACCAAGCCGGCGGUGAGGCUGCAAGGCAUCAUCACGUCUAUCCCUGACGACUGGGUCAAAGUUACACCAAGGGUUUAAAACAACCGUAUUGAUAA